AUGGAUGGCCAACGGCAGCAGCAAUACAUACCGGUCCCUCCUCCUUCGGCAACGCAGCCCUCCCAGGCGCAUAUGAUACCUCUACCGCCACCGCCGCCUCGAUACGCCCCAACCCAAUCCCAGAAUGUCAUGCCUCCUCCGCCCCCUGGGCCACCUCCUGGAGCAGGAUAUGGUGCAGCCAAGCUCACCAACCCUCAGUUGCAGCACCAGAAUACUCUAGGCUGGCAGCAGCAGACCUGGGCCAGGCAGGCACUAUCCCAGGGUUUUCUACCUCCCCCACCCCCCCCUCCGAUGGUCCCUACAAAUCAGUCGCCCUACGGUCGUCCAACUGCUCUCUCGAUCCCUUCUUCCACUGAUACCCGAACAUCUGCGACAUACGUUCCGCAACCGGGCUCCUUCGGACCGGGUGUCGGAAUACCGCCAUUCGACGUGCAUUCUGCUCCGCCCUACGAGAACCCAGGAACCAUGCCAUCCCUCGAGCGACAGCGACUCCCUUCCACCCAGGCUUAUGACUAUUCCGUGGGGGAUUCCUCCACAUACAAGCGUGACGCUAAUGUACCUUCUACGCCGUCUUCGCGUAGUCUCCCUUCAUCGUUAGCCGUCAAUGACGGCUCUCAUGAGCCAAUCGCGUCGGGAUUCGCUGGCACGGCCUCCCAGAACCAAGUACUACAGCCAGCGCCAACGAAUGAACUCACGAAGUCGCCGAGUCACCGCCACAACCAUAGCAACGGGCCGCUUGGAGGCAUGUCUCCUAACGAAGCGGCGGUUCAAUGGCCACUUGACCGCGUUCUUUUAUGGCUUGCGCGACACGGCUUUUCCAAGGACUGGCAAGAAACCUUCAGGGCGCUAGAAAUCGAGGGCGCCGACUUCCUGGAACUGGGCCAUGGGUCGAACGGCCGGCCAAAUUUGGGUAAGAUGCACAACGUUGUUUACCCCCAACUCGCGAAGGAAUGCGAAUUGAGCGGUACGGGCUGGGAUCAAACUCGCGAGCGUGAGGAGGGCAAACGCAUGCGCAAGUUAAUCCGCCAGAUACACGAAGACGGCACAUAUGACGCAGACUUCGCAGUACAGAAACGACGGGAUUCCCACCCCAACGGUGUUUUUGACGCAAUGCAGGAGGCCUCCCCCAAGGUGACUCAUGAGCCCCGUUCUGCCGGUCCAUUUUCCGGAAGUGUCACAAAUAGUCCGAAGUUCAAGGCAUCCCAGCUUGCCCACACGCAAAGGCAGAGUACCCAGAUGCGCUCAUUCACCACCCCGAUACCUGCGAGCCAUGACCCCGCAUCAGCCGAACUUGGUAAUAACGAAACUGGCACCCUGUGGCCACGUUCAGAUUAUUCCAGGGCGGUCCUGUCAAGCAUUGGCGGGGAGCACCAAAGGCAGAGCCCCUCCAUGUCCAGCGACGGUGGGACUUUCCAAGCGCCCAUCCGACCCUACGAGGAAAGCCCCAAGAGCGGCAGCCCGGCAACACAGCAUGCAUCACUUGCCCAGCCGGGUCCUUCCUCGUCGACCGGUGACUUGAGCGUCAGAUUUGAACACUCUCGUGGAAACAGUGCGGACUCCAUGACCGGACGUCGUUAUUACGAGUCCUACAGGCAGGAUAGCGGAGUACGACCUUCGCCCCAGGAAGCGUAUAAUCGCCAUUCCGGCGGAGAGACCCCUUCUUCAUAUCCAAAGGAUCAUCGAACGGGUCUACUGAACUUUUUCAAGAAGAGGACCAAAGGAAGCGAUUCUACUCACCCUUCCCCCGAAGAACAGUUCCUCGAGUCUCCAACGAGCCCUGUCAACACCCGCCAGAACGGUUCCCAUCUUCCGUAUGCGAAGCCUAAUUUUAGUACCAGUGAUAUGUCACUGGGCGAACGCCCAUCUUCUGCAUCCAUGUCGGAUCAUGAGCGGUUGGUCUUGCGUGCGAAGACGCAGAAAGCCAAAAAGUGGACAUUUGUCACCCUAGAUGGCUGGAACUAUCGGUUAGUGGAUAUCACUGAGAUGGAUUCUGUUGAGACGCUGCGAUCUGCGAUUUGCCAGAGUCUGGGAAUCUCGGACUGGACUGCGGCCCAGAUUUACUUGACUGAGCCCGGUCAAACGGAACAUGAUGAACCUCUGAACGACACCAACCUCGCUCUAUGCCGCAGAUCAAGGUCGGACACUCUAGGCUCACUCAAGUUGUUUGUACGAGGAUCGCACAUGCUAGCAACGAAUGGCUUCCCUCAUUUUGCUGGGCUAGGAGUUUCAAUCCCUGACAAAGCGACAGCCUCGCCAACAUCCACUCACCUCGUGCAUCGAAAGCCACUAGAUGAAGACGCUCUGAACAGGAUAUCGCCUCAGACUCAGAAUAAGCCUACCUCGCCACAGGUUUCUUCUUCGCGGCAACAGUUGAAGGUGUCCUCUUCUAAGCUUCCACGUGACGUGUCGCAAACCUCUAUCGCAGCUUCUCCUGUGGAUCAUGCUGCGGAGGGAGAAAUACUCGAUGCUGAGAAGGCCGAUCUGCUCGCUCGUCAUGAAGAGCAUAUGCGCGAGGUCGAGCGAAAGCAAAGGGCCUACCGUAUCUCGAAGGUGCCUCCUAUGCCGCAACCAAGAAAGGAUGCCUAUGGGGAAACCGGCUAUAGGCGGGAAGGUGUCAUUGAUUUCGACUCUCCCCGCAUAUCACCUUAUGAAGACAAGAAGUCCGAUUCUUUGGUGCCGCUCCGCAAACCUCCGACUGCACCGCAUGAGUCCAACACUCUUACCAAGGUCAAUUCCUUGAGAAAGAGAGACGUCGAUCGUCCUCGUGCCCAGAUACCUGCGCAACCACACGGUCUGGGGGCUGCUCUAGCUAGUGUUGGUCGGAUCACUAGCGCGAUCGGAACACCCUCGCCACCAGCACCCACUACAACGGGCACGUUCAGCCCGAACAUGAAUGUGGGAGGCAGCCCCGCCCUCAAUCAUUCAGACGAGUCGAAGGGAACAUACCCAGAUAGCCAAGCCACACCCACAGCGCACAGUGUGGAAUCACCGAUCAGGGGUAACACCUCAUCUCCUGAACCCAGGCCAGGUCUGAAGGCUCGGAAAUCCUACGGACCUGAAUUCGACUUUGAGGAAACGAAAGUCUCGUUCCAACGCUCGCCUUUGCCGCAGGACGAUUCCGACGAUGAUUCGGACGAUGGGCUUUUUGCCAUACCACUUGCGAAUACUAAAUCGCCUGUAACGGAGAAAGGGUCCAUGACCAGCUCACCCGAAUCACAGAAGAGAACAGCGAAGCCAUCACUUACUCUGAACACCGAGAAUAGGCUACGCAAAGGACUCUCUGUGAGCUUUAGAUCUCCGAGUGCUACUAGAGACACUUUCUUGGCCUCGAGCGGCGAUUCAAGCGCUCCGGAGGCAUAUCACUCUGAUAUGACUGCCUCGCCUGAAGACGAACGACCGCUACGCCGAGAUUCGUUUGCUCGAGGCGACAUCUGGGCCAGCAGACCUCCCAUUGAAGGCGUUAUCGACCAUCUCGAUGACUUCUUCCCUGACGUUGACCUUGACACCCCAUAUCUUGACGGCCAGGGCAUGUCUCCGCCCUCUUCACCAGCCAGCAAGAUGGCAGCUGAGAACGAAUUAAGCCACAAGGAGAAGCCAGAUAAUCCAUCGUACGCUAUGCCGCAUGCUGCAGCAGCCCCUGUCAACAUCCCGAGCGAACCACCUGUCAGACCACCUGAGCCAGGUGCUGUUGCACGACGGAACGUCAGCCGUUCUGGGGGAGGGCUUACCCGAAUGAAGUCUAUUCGUGAAGUGGCUAAGGGAGCCAAUCAAGCCAGCAGAAACAGGAGUGUGACCUCUUCCACCGGGAAUCAAAGGUCAGGUGACAUCCUCCGCCGGAAGAGCACCAAGAUGUUCGGUGCCAAGAUUAUGCAGAUCAGCCCGAAACCUGGCAGCCGGUUGAGCCAGCUUGACCCUAUUCCCCAGACUCAUGCACCAUCUGGUAACAUCCCUCAACGACAGCCCACUUUCCGUAUCAUCCGCGGUCAAUUAAUCGGCAAGGGCACCUACGGCCGGGUGUACCUAGGCAUGAACGCCGACAAUGGUGAGGUCUUGGCUGUAAAACAAGUGGAGGUCAAUCCUCGGAUCGCAGGGCAGGAUACAGACCGCAUCAAGGAGAUGGUUGCUGCGAUGGAUCAAGAGAUCGACACUAUGCAGCACCUGGAGCAUCCCAACAUUGUGCAGUAUCUCGGUUGCGAGCGAGGCGAUCUAUCUAUCUCCAUCUACCUUGAGUAUAUUUCCGGUGGAUCCAUUGGUAGCUGUCUGCGCAAGCAUGGCAAGUUCGAGGAAAGCGUGGUGAAAUCCUUGACGCAUCAGACGUUAAGUGGGCUGGCUUAUCUCCACGACCAGGGUAUCUUGCACCGUGAUCUAAAGGCCGACAACAUCCUCUUGGAUUUGGAUGGAACAUGCAAGAUCUCCGACUUUGGCAUCUCGAAAAAGACAGACAACAUCUACGGCAACGAUUCGACGAAUUCCAUGCAGGGGUCAGUGUUCUGGAUGGCACCCGAAGUUAUUCAGUCGCAAGGCCAGGGGUACAGCGCCAAGGUGGACAUUUGGUCCCUCGGGUGUGUGGUCUUGGAAAUGUUCGCCGGUCGUCGGCCGUGGAGCAAGGAAGAGGCGAUUGGAGCCAUCUUUAAACUCGGCAGCCUGAGCCAGGCUCCGCCUAUUCCGGAGGACGUGUCCAUGAACAUCAGUCCAGCAGCGCUGGCCUUCAUGUACGAUUGCUUUACUGUCGAUUCGCUCGACCGUCCCACGGCGGAAACUCUUUUGACUCGCCACCCAUUCUGCGAACCCGAUCCCAAGUACAACUUCCUCGACACCGAACUCUAUGCCAAGAUUCGGCAUGUAUUGUGA